AUGUCUCUCGAAAGUGCAUCGAGCCCGGGACGUUCGAGUUCUAGCGCGUACAGCGACAGGCUCAGUCCGUACCCGAACAAAGGGCUAUGCGGAGAUCCAGAAUACGAGGAGGAUUUUGAGUCCGAAGAUUAUCUGAGGAAACUGGAGCAGUUGACCCAAUGGGUGAAGGAAGCAAAGCACCUUGUUUUCUUCACCGGUGCCGGUAUCUCAACGGCAUGCGGUAUACCAGACUUCCGCGGUCCGAAUGGCGUUUGGACGCGUGAGACGGCGAGUAGAGGACUCAGGACGAGGGACACGGCGGUGACACCAUCUGCCACAGAGGGAGCGGACAUCACUGUCUCUUUCUCGGAGGCUUUGCCGAGUUUCUCUCAUUCGGCCAUUGCGGAGCUCGUCGGUCGAGAGAAGGCGAAGGCAGUGGUGACACAAAACGUCGAUGGGCUACACUGGAAGUCGGGUGUGCCACGCUCACUCUUGUCUGAGAUACAUGGAUGCCUCCUCGCCUCGUAUUGUGACAGUUGCCUAACUGAGUUCCGCCAUCUAGAUGACGUCGGAGGCUGCGGUCACCGUCCCUUGCCAGGAGGACUGCUCUGUCCCAAGUGUGAACGCAGCAACACAAGGACGUCGUUACGUCGACCGGUGCGCACGGUGAGACGUGAAGGCCAUCGCCGGGAUUGCGUACUGCGUGACUGUGUAUUGGAUUGGAACGAGGAGCUCCCCGAACCUGAUAGAAGCCGAGCUAUCCGUCACUGCAAGCUCGCUGAUCUCUGCAUUGUUGUCGGUUCCUCCCUUCGCAUUGAGCCUGCCAGUUCAUUCCCUUUCUAUGCUCAGUGGAUCAACAAACGUAUGAAGAAAUUCGAGCGAGGUCGAGUGGUCAUCAUAAACCUCCAGAAGACCGAAUAUGACCAUCGCUGUGGUAC